UGGACAGGUUUUGUUCAAGUCGAUUUUGAUUGGUCGCACAUGUUUAGACAGGAAAAAGUAAACAAGUCCAGUUGAUAGAAAGAGUGGACACACUGAAAUGGAGACAGACUUUUGAUAUUUUAUUUAUUAAUCUUUGGUGUAUAUUUUUGGCAAAUAUGUCUGUUAAUUGUGACCCUGCCUCUGGCAAACACUCAAGUGCAUUAGAAAAGAACAUGGAAGAAGAAAUUGAAAAAAUAUCCUUAUCAAAAGCAAUCAAAAUUGCAAGUAGUGUCAGUAGGUCUAAUACUGACAGACUUGGUAUCAAUGUGAAAAUUCAGUCGGACUUGGCAGGUCCAGAACCUUCAUCAAAAUGUGAAAUAAUGGAAAAGGGUGGAUCAGCAAACCUGGCAUCAUAUGUCUUCCAGACACCAAGAAUGCCGACCACCGUGGGUUUAGAUGAUUUUGAAGUUUUAUCAACAAUUGGAACUGGAUCUUAUGGAACAUGCAAAAAAAUCAGAAGAAAAAAAGAUGGAAAGGUGUUGGUAUGGAAGGAGAUGGAUUACGGAUCAAUGACAGAAUCAGAGAAGAAAUUAUUAGUAUCAGAAGUUAAUUUAUUAAGAGAGUUGAAACACUGUCAUAUAGUUCGUUAUUAUGAUAGGAUUAUUGAUCGAUCUAAUACAACUAUUUAUAUCAUUAUGGAGUAUUGUGGUGGUGGAGAUUUAGCAACACUUAUAUCCCGAUGCAGGAGAGAUGGGAUAUAUGUUGAUGAAGAAUUUGUCUGGAAGAUUGUUAUUCAACUCACUUUAGCUCUAAAAGAAUGUCAUCGAAGAAAAAAUGGAAAAGCAGUCCUACAUAGAGACUUAAAACCUGCUAAUGUCUUCCUCGAUUCCGAUCAAAAUGUAAAAUUAGGUGAUUUUGGGUUAGCUAGAGUUCUUCAUCAUGAAACCAGUUUUGCCAAGACGUAUGUCGGCACGCCUUAUUAUAUGUCACCUGAAUUGGUGAACAAUAUGUCGUACAACGAGAAAUCUGACAUAUGGUCGUUAGGUUGUAUGAUGUAUGAAUUAUGUGCCCUUCAUCCACCAUUCACGGCAGCCAAUCAGACAGACUUAAACAGAAAAAUACGACUAGGUGACUUCUCUAGAAUACCAAUGAAAUAUUCUAGUGAUCUCGAUAUGAUUAUCAGAAAAAUGAUACAAGUUGAGGUAUCUAAACGACCAGGAAUAGAUGCUAUAUUAAAUGAACCACUAGUUAUAUCACAUCAGACACACUCUGAUCGUAGACUGACUGGUAGUUCCGAAUCACCAUCACGAUUUAGUCUAGAAUCUGGAGAUGGUAAUAAACGAUUAGAGGAGGAGUUACGUAAUAAACUUAAAUUAUUAGAAUUGAAGGAAAGAGAAAUGGAAAGUAGGGAAAGAAGUGUUGCAUUAAGAGAAAAAUUAGCUGAUGAUAAACUUAGAAGAGCUUUAGAGUUAUACCAACAGUGUAAGAAGCAGGACUCACCGUCUAAUGAUGAGAAUAGAUAUAAUAAAUCUCCGUCACCAGUUACAGAGCUGUUACAACAAUCUCCAUCUUGUUUAUCGAAAGGAAAGAAAGACAUCGAUUCACCGAAGAAACACGUUAGUUUUGAUAUGUAUGGCAAGGAGAAUCUUCGUAAAAAAUCGAAGUACACAGAUUAUGGAACUCGUGAUUAUGAUAAAUACACAGAUAUUUACAGUAGAGAGUUUACCAAAAGACAGGAAGUUAACGACCGUCUGUUUCAGGCCAAGACACGAGCGUAUGAUAUCGGAACUAUUGGAGUAAAUAAUAAAUAUAAAUCAAGGAAUCUUCUCUAUUUUAGAUAAUGAUUAUUGAUAUUUUGAGUCACUGCCUUUUAGUAACAAAUUAACUGGUUAUGGGCAACUCCUUUCUUCUGGUUUUAAAGAACGGGGAAUUCGACAAACUGGACUUUACUGAUCAAGUAGCACACCCCCAGCCCCUUUAUUAUAUGCCAAGUUAUUUUCUGACGUGGUGUCCCCUUGUCAGUGGUGCAGGAUGGAGGUCCCGUGUACACAUUGGCAUGCACAUAAAAGAUCCCUUGGCAGUUGGAAUUCGAUGUAAGAGUAGGCCAUAGCGCCGCUGUCCGAGCCAAAUUUCCCUCAUAGCACACUGUAUGGCGUAUGCCCGUCUUCAUUAGCCCUGUCGUAGCAGAACAGUAAGACAUUAAACCCCAUUUUUCAUUUUAUAUAUGCAAUUUGUCUAUUUGAACUUUUUACUGUGAUCCCUAUUUGCAUAGGUGUAUUAAUCGGUGUCAAUUUGGGCUACAUGUGUGUCCAAAGAUAUAAUUUUGUGAACAAAAAUAAUUUUCGUACAGGUGAUCAUUGUUCACAAAGUUUAAAGCCCUUCCAUAGGAUCCCAUAUCCAUCUCUCUUUUCUUGUUGCACCCCAUCCAUCUCUAAAAUUUUGUUUUCUCAGCUACCUCCAAAGAAAGGGGUUACUCAUAAUUAUUUAAGAAUAUUAGCAAAUAGAUCUCAAUAUGAUUAUUUUAUAGUAUUUAUUGUUGGUAGUAUUAAUCUUGACUGAUAUUUUAUUAAAAUGGGGAUAUAUAUAUAUAUAUAUAUACUAGAACUUUACUAUAAACAUUGACUAUAUACUAAGAGUUUAAAUGGAGAACGAGGGCAACCAUUUUAUUUAUUUUGAGUAAAAGGUAUUUAAUAUGCCACAUAUCCCUUUCUCAUUAAAAGUUCUAAAUUUGUGCAGCAGAAUUGGUCUUUAAAUGCUUAUAGUGACCAUAGAUACCUGACUGCACAAUUAUCUCUUUUGAGCGGGAAAGGUGUAUUACACCAUUUUGUAUAUAAAUAAGCUCUUUAUAUAUAUAGUAUACACAUAGGUUUGACAAUAAAUCAUGUUUUCACACCUGUCUUCAUGUGUUAUGGACACCUCUAAUACUUAUAUUGACCAUAGAUAUCUGACUGGACAAUUAUCUCUUUUGAGCCGGAAUGGUGUAAACCACCCGUCUACACCAUUUUGUAUAUAAAUUAGCUCUUUAUAUAUUAUAUAUACAUAGGUUUGACAAUAUAGACUGAUGUUUCGGCAAACACCCCAAAGGUAACUAUGUGCUAACUGGUAAGGAUUAAGGUUAAAAACCUCUGUAGUCAAAAUGUCAGCUGUAACAUCAUACUGUAGUAGAGGUUGUAGGGUAGAAGGGAUAAUGUUAAUAUUUUAUACAAAUCAUAUCAUGAUAUUAGUAUUCAUAUUAGAAUGCAACAUGAAAUUGUUGUGAAUCUUUUUGUCGUUAUUGUUUACUCCAAUGAACCGUCCAAGGACUAAUUGUUAUAUAUUUAUGUUAGAGCUAGCCUAUUUGUUCAAAACAUUUUCAGAAUGACAUUAAUGCUUGAAAGUGAUGACUUGUUUUGGAAUUGUGCCUUUUUAUAGAUAUCUUAUAUUGUCUCAAUAUCUAUAUCAUUUUGUCUGAUGUUGUUGUUGACCGUUUUGUUUAUUUAUGAAAAGUUUUAUUUAAAAUUAAAGCCAGUCUAUUACUUGUAUAUUGAUGGCUGUGUAUAAAAAUAUCAUUUAAAUAUCAGAUUGGUUUCAGUCUUUAGACAAAUCUCACUUUUAUUUUAUUUCUUAUUAUUAAUGUAUAAGUAAUAAAGAAGGUUAAGUGAAACGCUGAUGCAAAAUAGGUUACUCAAUAUGUAGACCAAAGCUCCGAUUUUCGAUAAUUAGGCUAGUUUAUAAAAUUAUUUGGAAUAUUAAACGGUAUAAAAUUAAUAGUUUUCAUAUGUCCACAUUUGAAUGUGGUUGUAUAUUGUUGUCGCCCCUGUCUGUCCAUUGUUCACUAGUUCUUGUAAACACUCUACAUACUACAUUCCAUCCAAUCUUUUUCAAAAUUUAUAUUUUACCGUAACACAUAUCGCCCUUGCUCAGAAUCUUGUGAAUCUCUUAACGACAUCAGUUAUUUCCCUUGAUUCUGUCAUAGAAUCUUGUCGGGGUGGUAUGUUAAUAUGAUAAGGUAUAUUUUCUUUGAAUUUUAUUUCCCUCAAGAUUCGUUACGUGACAACCUUUGAGGACUGCUCAACCUAUUAUUGCUUGGUGAAUAUGAUAUAAAUUCAAACAUUGACCAUAUUGUUAUUACUGUAUACAUUCCAUUUUUAUAAAAGUGUACUUAUACUUCAAUCAUAUCAUUCAUCCUUUGUAUUAAUUUUUCUCUAUCUUAUACAAAAUGUCCCACAAUGGUUAUGUGGGUACUUUCUUCAUAUCAAAAGAUGUUUUCUUUGAGACAUCUAAAGAAAUGGAGAUGGAUAUAGUCUUACUAAAUAACAUAUUAGUUCCAAAAAUGGAUUUUAUUCAACCAUUUUGUUUUUCUCUAAGUGCUAUUUCAUUUUCAUCUACAAACAUCGAGCCAAGAUGGCAUCUAACAUUCAUUUUUUGUUAUAAUCAUUUAGAUUACUUCAUAUUUAAAGAACCCUUUUCAAUCCUUAUCAUUGUUAAAUUUAAAUAAGGAGACUGACAAAUUCAUUGAGGUUUUAAAUAAAUGUUCCUAAGUAUCUUUAAUUUAUUAAUUAAAAUGAAGAUUCCAGGGGAAGAAUGAUCUAAGUCACAUUUUUGUCUUUUCGCAUAAAAGGCAAAACAGACUUUUGGACGAGAAUGCUUGACACGAACAGAACAACGAGUGGGUUUAAUUACAACUUCAAAAUGAUGUUUAAUACGAAUCAUAAUUACCAGUACAACAACUGACUUCAACUUUUCUGCCAAAUUAAGGUCAAAUAAAGGGUACGAUGGAGGUAUUUGUCUGGGAGGCCAUUUCAGAAGGGCCUUGGUUUGAUGUGACUCCGAACGUUUUACCUGAAAUUGAUUGUUCCACAGAAAGCUUAUACAAUUUGCUACCAGAUGGUGCCAUUAACUGGGGUUCGUUGAAAAAGUGACUUUGAUCGUUCUUCCCCGGGGCUCUUCAAAUGUGUCUUCUAUAAAAAAAGGAAAGUGGCUUUAAUUUUCUGGCCUUUAAUAUGAUGAUUUGAUAUAUAGUAUAGUUUUGUACUUGUUUGUAUUAAAUAUAUGUUUAUAUUAUAAUAAUAAACAAAAUUUUACAUUGUGGAAUAAAUGUGUAACAAAUCGCAAA